GGGAGUGGGGGGGUCACAGAGCUUCUCGUUAACCACGUGAUCUGAAAAGUGAAAGAGAAAGUUGUUUGUGUUGUUUUUUUGACAGAAAUGGGUACUGCGCUGAAAAUGUACUUUUAUUUGUUGCUGUUAGUUUUCAUCUGUGACGGGUUCAAUGUCCAUGGUCCACCUGGUCCUCCCAUUGUUCAGCUGGGAGACUCAGUGAUGCUGCCCUGCUUUGUCAAAACUCCUAUUCCAUUGGAAGAACUGGAAGUGGAGUGGAAAAGAAUUGACAGUGAAACUCUAGUGCACUUGUGGCAGGAUGGAGAAAGUCGACCAGAGUCUCAAAACCAUCAUUAUUAUGAAAGAGCUAAUUUCUUCACAGAGGAGAUCGCUCAUGGAAACUUCUCCCUCCUGCUUACAAAUGUGACCCGUAAAGAUGUAGGAGUUUAUAAGUGUACUGUUUACACAAAGCUGGAUUCUGGAGAAACUUUGAUUGAAAUAAAGGAGAUUGAGCGCUUGAUCGUCUCUGGAGCCCACAUUAUGUCUGCCUAUGCAGGUGAAGAUAUCACUUUGAAUUGCUCUGUAGACUCUCAUAUCACACCAGAAAAGAUAGAAGAGGUGUCAUGGAAGAAAACUGAUGAAGAUAUCUUAGUGCUGCUCUAUCAGGAGGGUGAGAUCCUGACAGAGUCGACCGGUGAGAGAUAUGUGGACAGAGUAGAAUUCUUCAGUGAUGAAGAAAGAAAGAAAGGAAACUUCUCUUUAAGACUGAAGGAUGUCCGAACAGAAGACAAAGGGCUGUAUAUGUGUUUAGUGUUCUCUGGGGAAUUAUCAGCUAACACAACUGUGGAGGUACAGCAGCUGGGUCUUUCCUUUCUGCAUAUUGCAAUUUUCAUUUUGUGUAUUCUUGGAUUUGUAAUCGGAUCACUUAUACUAGGCUUCCUAUCUUACACAUCUUAUAAAAAGGAAGAUGACAGCAGGAGAGCGCUAGGUGUACAGUGUGCACAUGUUCUUAUUCCUAAUAUUACUAUGUCCAUUGUCUUUAUCAUCUGGGGUGUUACUGAGGGUUUUUUUACAGAAGCAGCAACUUGUUCAGCGCUUAAUUUUGUUCGGAGCCUUUUCCUUCUUUGGAUAGCACUCCAUUUGAAAACAUUUCAAGAUUUUCCCUGCCGAUUAAUUAACCACUUCCCAAUUCUACUACAGUAUACUGUGAUAACUGGUGUUGCUUAUUCUCGUAUUUUUGUGGAUAUCUUUGAUAGAGGACACACUAUAUACAAAGUGUUUCUGUUACUGUCACCAAGUUUUCUUCUGCUUGCUCUCAUUAAAGAAAUAGGAUACUGUAGAAAAAUUCUUCCAGCUGGCUACAGUGCUAUAGAACUUAGCAAUACUCUACGAAUGGUUGUUAUUACAAUCCGAUAUGGACUUCAUCAGAUAAAUUUGGCUGCAGCAAUUUUCACUUUAUUCUUUCCAACCUUGCAAUUGUUUUGGAUUUCUUUUUGUAAUAUUCCCAAACGUUGGAAUUAUUUAUUCUGGGUAUCAGUGAUGUUCAUCCUGGAGGUUCUAAGUACAUCAGGGUCAAUCUACCUCCAUUAUGAUGCAAUUAUUGAUAUGAAAGAACGUGAUGCAUUGGUCUGUGUGACUGCGUUCCUCCACAUCCUGACCUUGAUAACACUGUUUAGACAUUUAAACUAUUUACCAGCACAACAAUCUGAGUCCAGAAACAGAGGAACACAGCGAUCACACCAAUCUGAGUCCAGAAACACAGGAACACAGCGAUCUCAUUUGGUUGUGUUCAUGUUUGGUACAGUGGGGGUUGUGUUUCUGAAUGCUGUUGUUUUAUCAGUAGAGCUGAUCCUAAAAGCACGAAAUGGUGAGCGGACAGUGGAUCUGCGACUUAUUCUCCUACCAACUGAAAGCGUAUUUGCUGUGUGCUACCUUACUUUACAAAUAUCUGCUUUCUACUGUCAUGGUUUGUCUUUCACGAAGGGAAGAAGAAAAGAGAAAGAUUUAGAAAAGACAUGGAGAAUCUGCGACAGCUUUGUGUGUGUAUACAGAGACAGAGGGAUUCACCUCCACAAUGUAAUGAACAUGAACUGCAGAAUCUGGCUUCUGUUCCUCAGCCCUCAGGGUCUUAGCAGUCCUUCUCACUGUAGAAUGGUGAAUCCUGAGUUCUGGCUGUUGUCCUUUUCAUCGUGGUAUAACGAAGAGACACACCAGAGUGCUCCAGAACACCAAAUUGGCCGUAGUCACACCUCAUUGAAGAUGACAUAAUGUUGUGUAUUUCAUUAGUAACCUGCUUGCUAAUUACUUUUUUAAUGAUGCAGGAAGUAGUAAAAGUGUAUUUAUUGUUUUUGGAAAAAAAAUCUGGUUCAUUUUUAAAAAUGUAAAAACAUGAAAUGUGGGAUAUAUGUAUAUAGAUUUUUUUUACUUUAUAUAUCAAAGUUUACAGAGUAAUAUUUUGUGUAACAGAAAUACAGUGUUUCAUGUUGAUUGUUUUAUGUUAUUGAUACCAAAUCUCAUGUAUUGUACUGGAUCUAGAAUUCAGCAAUAUGGACCUUCCUGGUCUCUUAUAAUAAUAAUAAAACAAAAAUAAAUUCAUUAA